GGCGCCGCACCUGCCGCGCCGGGGGCCGCAGACUUCGGCUUCCUGGGGCCGGGGCCGGCGUACGACUUCCCGUGCGCGCUCGGGCGGCCGGCCGACGACGGCGGGGCGCACGUCCACUAUGCCACCUCGGCAGUGUUCUCGGGCGGCGGCUCCUUUCUCCUCAGCGGCCAGGUGGAUUACGCGGCCUUCGGCGAGCCGGGCCCCCUCCCGGCGUGUCUCAAAGAGCCAGCCGACGGCCAUUCCGGCGCCUUCCAGACCUCGUCCCCGGCCCCUGGCGCCUACCCCAAGUCCGCCUCUCCGGCCUCCGGCCUCCCGGCCGCCUUCAGCACGUUUGAGUGGAUGAAAGUGAAAAGGAACGCCCCUAAGAAAAGCAAACUCACCGAGUUUGGAGCUGCUAGCCCUUCCAGCGCCAUCCGCACGAAUUUCAGCACCAAGCAACUGACAGAACUGGAGAAGGAGUUUCAUUUCAAUAAGUACUUAACGCGAGCCCGACGCAUAGAGAUCGCCAACUCUUUGCAGCUGAAUGAUACCCAAGUCAAAAUCUGGUUCCAGAAUCGUAGGAUGAAACAGAAGAAAAGGGAACGAGAAGGGCUUUUGUCCUCAGCCACCCCUGUGGCUUCCCUCCAGCUUCCCCUCUCAGGAGCAAACCCCAUCAAGCCUGGCAAAAACCAGGGGAGCCCUGCUCGGGUCCAAGAGCCUUCAUGAGGUUUAGUCUCAGGGCUGAGGAAACCUUGGCCUGCCAGAUGUCAUAGGCCUUUUCACCACUUUCUAGACUUCGUAGCUCAUUUUCAGAUGGAGGUGGGCAGGGCAGAAAUUAAUAGACAUUUCACUUAGUUGGCUUCUGAAUUCUAGGCUGUGGGUGUACAGAUAUUAAUUUGAAAUUUCUUAAGCCACUCAUUUGUGCAUUACGUUUGUCUUACCAGGGAAAAGGUGCCCAGUGGCCCGCCCAACCCUGCUGCUACAUUGCCUGACUUAGUUAUAUGCAAUUCUUGGGCAUAGACUGGCAAAGAAUUAGUUGCUAAGCUCUCCCUGGUGUUCUCAGAAGAACAUCUACCCAAAGUUUUUGUGGUAUUUUAAAGGACAAGGCUACAUGUAUUCCGCUUCUUGAAGUUACCAAAGCUAGUUAUGGCCACUUUGAUGUAACUAAGCUGCUUAAAUGGUGAUCUUCACAUUUGCACUUUUUUUUUUAAAAGCAGUUUCUACCUCUCCAUGUGCCUGAGUGAAGAUACAAUCGCUGUUUAGUUAGGAGCUAUACAAAUCCACAGGGUAGGUAAAGAUUAGAACCUGAACUACACCUUGAUACUGGUUACUCACACUUGAAUGUAAAUAUAUACAGUAUGUAUAUUUUUAAAAGGUUUGCUUGUAAUGAACUUAUAUAUGACAUUUAAUGUCCUAGCAUGUAAAGGGUUUGAAUUUUUUUUUGUAAUAAAAAUUACAGAAUCUGCU